CCCAGAACGAUCGCGUGUUGUUUGAACGUUUUCAAGGUUAUAGUGUGUUUUCUGCCCAUUCGAUAUGCCGUUUAAAUGGAAAUCUAAAGGUCGCACAAAGUAUUCUCCAGACGAUUUAAAAAGCGCAGUUAUUGAAGUAGUAAAUGAAAAUAAAGCACUGAGGACUACUGCCAAAAAGUACAAUGUUGACAAAAUGACACUGAGAAGAUAUGUCCUAAAAUACAAGACGGACAAAGAAACAUCUUUUACACCAAAUUUUGUCACUUCACAAAUUUUUUCAUGUCACGAAGAAUCGCUUUUAGUGGAAUAUUUGCUCACUUCUGCCAACCUCCACUAUGGUCUUACGCCUAAGCAAACAAGGAAGUUUGCGUAUGAAUUUGGUCAAGCAAAUAACAAAAAGCUACCAGAAAACUGGAAGAAAAACGAAUGUGCUUCCUACGAUUGGCUAAAAGGAUUCAUGUCACGUUAUCCCCAAUUAUCACUCAGAAGUCCCGAAGCCACUAGUUUGGGCAGAGCCACUGCGUUCAAUCGACAUAAUGUGCAAGAAUUUUACAAAAAUUUGAGCAAUUUAUUGGAACGGGAAACUUUUGGCCCAGAAUCCGUGUACAACUUAGAUGAAACUGGAGUGACUACUGCCCACAAACCUCAAAAGAUCAUUGCGCGUAAAGGCCAAAAACAAAUUUCAAAAAGUACUUCAGCAGAACGUGGUACUCUGGUAACAGUUUGUUGUGCUAUAAAUGCAGUAGGAAAUUCUGUGCCGCCAUUUUUUAUAUUUCCUCGUGUGAGAAUGCAGGAUUACAUGAUCCAAGGUGCUCCUUCAGGUUCCAUUGCUGUGACGCAUGAAAGUGGUUGGAUGACUGCUGAUAAUUUCGUAAAAUAUCUAGAUCACUUCAUAAAACACGCAAAAUGUUCCAAUGAAAACAAAUGCAUAUUAGUCCUUGACAAUCACGAAAGCCAUAUUUCACCCAAAGCCUUAGACAAAUGUAAGUUAAAUGGCAUUCAUUUACUAACUUUACCACCUCACACAAGCCACCGCUUACAACCUUUAGAUGUAUCGGUUUUUGGUCCGUUUAAAAGAUAUUAUAAUGAACAGGCAGAUGCAUGGAUGGUCAGCCAUCCAGGACAAACAAUUUCAUUAAAAAAUAUACCGGAAUUAGUUGGAUUAGCCUAUGUCAGGGCGUUCUCGCCAUCAAAUAUAACCAAGGGAUUUUCAACCACUGGAAUUUAUCCUUUUAACCCACAUUUAUUUGAAGAUCUCGAUUUCGCAAGAGCAGAAGUUACAAACAGACCAUAUGAGGAAUUAAGGGAAAAUUCUGAAAAAGAACUCGAUAGAGAUGACCCAAUAGCUCAACCUGGCACAUCCAUAUCUCAGCAAGAGACAACACCACCACCUGGCACCUCUUUAUGUCAACAGAAGUCAACUUCAAAUCCAAUAGAAACGUUUCUACAGGAUAGCACCACAAUCCAAAGCACCUCAUCUGUUUCAUUUAAAACUCCUGAAGAAGUUCGUCCUUAUCCCAAGGCACAACCACGAUUGAAAAAAGGAGGCAGAAAGCCUGGUCGGACAAGAAUCUUAACCGACACCCCAGAAAAAGAGGCCAUUGAGGCCGAGUAUAAGAUGAGGGAAGGAAAAAAACGUAUGAAAACUAAAGUUGAAAUGGCUAAACGAAAAAUAAGUAGUGAAACUGGAGAAAAUAAUCACUUUGAAAAACUCAAUGCUGAGAGUACGGAAUCCCAACCCAAAAGAAAAGUUUUGGAUAGAAAUGCAAAAACAGAAAAACGUGUGUUCGGUGACUCGGAUUCUGAGGACGAAAAGGAUCCAUUUUCUGAUGCAGAUGACGAUGACGAUGCCGCUUGCAUCUACUGCAAUUCACUAUUUUCAGCGUCUCGUUCUAGAGAAAAGUGGAUCCAAUGCCAGAAGUGUCUCAGAUGGUGCCAUUCAGCCUGUGCUGAUGUCAAGCAUAAUACAAAAAUGUUUUCUUGUGAAUUAUGUAUUAAUUAAAUAAUGUUCUGAUAAUAAUAGAUUGCAGUCCUUUUAGUGUUUUAUAUUUAAUUUCUUAUUGUAUCAAACCUCCCAUUCAAUGUAUCAAGCCUCCCUUGUAUAGGGAGGUUUGAGACACUUUGCAUCGAGAAUUUCAAAAUUGUAUAUUCAAAGUUAAAUAUUUAAUUUUCAGUAAUUUAAUGUUCCCA